UCAGACGUCUGAAGUGAUGAAAUGGUUAAAGCCUCCACGUUGAAGCUCCAUAUAUGGAAACCUCUGCUCUCUGUGGCAGGAGACGCCGUGACGUCAGGAUGACGCCGGCGAUGACGACGUGUCUGUUCACUGGCCGCUGGGUGACGUUACAGAAACAACACCAGCUGCAGCCUGAGGACGCUGACUGCACGCGCUCUGUUGUCACCACGUUGUUAUCUGCAGGGGGCGGGAGUCUGACCUCUAUAGAAGCUGCCCCGCACCGGGACACCCGCGGACUCCGGACCGGCCUGCAGCCAAAGCACACAGGCUGCCGGGCAGAAAUGUCCCGCUCACCUCUCCAGUUCCACGCCGGGGGAGAGUGGCCCUCCUCCGGGCAGUCUAUGAAGAACGGCCUGGAGGAGGAGGGGGAGGAGGGGGGGGAGGGAGAUCUGGACGAAGAGGCGGACGCGUCUCAACUGGAGAGAUUUAUGAAAGACAGGCGGAGAGCCAAGUCCCUGCCCGCCUACCCGGCGGCGCUCCUGGACGGCGUCUCCGGGAGUAACGGGAGGAAGCGGGUGAAGUUCGCCGACUCCAUGGGGCUGAACCUGGCCAGCGUCAAGCACUUCAGCUCGCUGGAGGAGCCGCAGAUCCCGAGUAAAGUUCUGUCCAGGCACACCAGCUUCCCGCCGCAGCAGCAGGACUUACUGGACGACCUGUGCCAGGGCUUCCAGUCCAGCCUGGACACGGACCGGCUGUUCGCCUGCUUCCCGGAGCUCCGCGAGGCGGAGCGGAGAGUCCAGCAGCUCCGCGUCUGCCUGGAGAAGGUCACCAUCACCCAGUUUGACGUGCGCGGGCAGAUCCGGGUUUUUACCGGCUGCACCGACAUAGAGGUCGGAGUGAGGUACACCUUCAACGACUGGCUCUCCCACGUGGACGCGCAGGCUCUGCCCGUGGCCGCGGAUCAGCCGGGGCUCGUGGGAGAGCGGUUCGGCUUCACCGUGUACACGCCGCCCUUCAUGGACCCCAGCUCGGCCGUGCACUUGGCCGUGUACCUGAAGAGCGAGGAGGGGGAGUUCUGGGACAACAACGAGGGGCAGAACUACAGCCUCAGUGUUAAACAGCCUCGUGAAAACCCGCUGAGCUGAAGCUCACGCAUGUUUCUGAAGGACAGCACAGCUGCCAUUUAGAGACAUUUCUCUGAACCUCCACUUGGAUGAUGGCGUGUUUCCAUCAGAGGGAAACAGGAACAACGGAUUGUAAAGCCUUGCAGUCGCUGGAGCAGAAACAGAACACAAACACUGAAAUAUGAAUUAAAGGGCUUUUAAUGUGUGAACUACAGAUCCGCAUCCUGCUGCAGUGAUCACAACCAGAGAGCUUCAUCUUUGCAAACUUACUGUUAUCUUUCAUUUUUUCAUUGCGCUUUAAAGGAUCAUAACACUGUGUUUGCACAACUUUAAGCCAUUUAACAACAAAGUAUGUUAGCGUUACAUUUUUAAAAUGCAGGUUUCACGGUUUGAAAACCAGUUUGCUGACUCUCCAAACUUGUUUGAGUUGUGUAAUCCAUCACACUGAACACCGUUUUGAUCAAUGUUACAUUAUUGUUGCUUAAUAGUCUGCACUGCAUUACCACAUCACAGGCUGUGAUGGAUUUCACAACUUUCAAUACUCACUUUCAUCCUGAAACUGUAGAUAAAGGACAUGAAAACGACUAAAAAGCAGCUGCGUGGUUUGUAACUUGAUCAUCUGUGAUGUUUGUCAGGUGUGAUUUAAAGAAAAUGUGCUAAAACAUGCAAAACCACUGGUAUGGUCCUUUAAACUUAGCCAGAAAACUCUGGUCUUAAUGCCUCGUGAUGCUGAAACGUUGAGGAAAAACAGCCCCGAGGAGACAAAAUGUUCAUGAAAUCUGGAAAAAAAUGAAGGAAAAUAUUCUGCAGUCAUUUCAACAAAGGGAUUUUUAGAAAGAACUGUGUCCAGAUGGCAGGUUUUGUCAGAGUGAUCUCAAUCAAUAAAAGCCGAUUUCAAACCCAGAAA